AUGACACCAAAAGAGUUGCCAAGAAUACCCAUCCAAAUACCCACCCAAAUACCCAUCCCAUGUCCCAUCCAAGUCCCCACCCAAAUACCCACACAAAUAACCACACAAAUAACAACACAAAUACGCAAAUACCCACCCAAAGUAUUUAGACUCACAUUGAAUAGUCCCCGCGCAUGGCUGUUUGGCUUGCUGCAGGCAGCUGCAGCGUUGUUGGUUCAUCCAACAACAGAUGAGGAGGCUUCGGCCAAGAAAAUCGAUCAGAUGAGAGUGCAGGUGGAGGUUUUAGAGCAGCAGCUCCGUAGCACGGAGGCACGAGUUCGUGAUUCCGAGAUAUUCCGGGAGAUUGAGAAGAAACAUCAUAAAGAGAAGGUCCGGCACCUAGACGCUCAACUGACGACUCUCUCCCGGGGUAUCAAGGAAUCCCUGGUUGCGAAGGAUCGGGUCCUCGGCGAGUGCCGUGGGUGGCGGCGCAAGUUCGAGGACCUGGAAGACCUACAGCGGCAGGCCCAGGAAAAUCCCGUUCGUGGGAAGGGACGUUCUCGUUGGGCCCCGACCAAAAUAUACGGAGUUGGGAAGGGGGAACGUGGUCGGUCUGAUAAGAAGUUCACUGCCAUUGCGCAGGUGGCGAUUGUCAAUGCGGCGUGGGAGUCGAAGCUGGUCAGGCUUGAGAGCGAGGCUAGAGACUACGUGGCCCGCACAGCUGACCAGUUUCGGUCUCUCCACGACGCCGCCACCGCGCUCAGCAAUGAGAACGCACACCUCCGGCAGCAGAUCCAGGCGAGCCCCGACGUCCCCCAUAAGCUUGCCCAGCAGCAAGUGAGGGAUGCCGUGCGGAGCACGAUGGAGUUUGCUGACCAGCAGCAUGAGGAGUGUGUCAAUUUGCUGAAGCAGACUUACCAAAAGGAGCUGAUGGCAGCCAAGGCUGAUUACGAGGGGAAAUUGGCGAAGGCAACAGCGGCAUUCAAGACAGAGGCAGAGACCGCGCUGGCCCAGCAGCGUAAGGCAGCUGGAGGAGCGGCCCAGGAAAAGAAUUCCCUGGAGGACGACCUCGCUGCCAAGGAAGCGCAGCUGGGCAAGCUGCGGACCGCCAAUGCCAAGGUUACCGCUGAGCUACAGGCCGAGAAGGAAGCACACCAAAAGCUUGACGGCGAGAUGCAAGCGGAAACAAAAGAUUACGUCGAGUGUGUGCAGCAGAGGGACGGCUAUUUCAGGGCCGGCAAGAGGCUGCAGGACCGGUAUAACAAACUGCAGGUCCAGCACGCCGAAUUGGAGUGCAUGGCGGCUCAUCUUGCGAGGGAGAAGGAGGAACUUGAGAAGGAGGUCGAGGACCUCAAGGAAGCAGUUUACGACCUGGCUGACGAAGGAGAGUCGCUAUACCAGAAGGUCGAAAAAAUGGAGGACAACAACCGAGCUCUGCUGGAUCACAACGCAGAGCUCUUUUGCGAGUCUGUGGUAUCGGGCAUCGAACUCCAGCAGACUUGGGGCAAAGUGGGCAACCUUGAGCGCCAGGUGGCGGAUUUCCAGACGGCGGAGGCAGCGGACAUCACCGAGGCGGUCAACAGCAUGCAGGUUGGGGGCUCCAACUCCAGCUGA